AUGUCGAAAUAUCGCCGGAACGCCGUCGUAAUCGACUUCAACGUCAUGCCGGUGAGACCGGACAUCGAGACCGUUACGAAGUUUAUCUCCAAGGACCUCAAACUGGACCAACAACGAGUAAAAAACCUUCAACUCAACAAUUCCCGCAACCAUGUCAUCAUCGAGCUAGGAUCGCCGGAGGAAGCUUCGGACCUAGUCGACCAGCACAACCUCAAACACAAGGUAGGAUGCAGGGGCCAAACCUUCCGUAUCCCUAUUUUUGUGGAGGACAACGCGACUCAAGUUCGCAUCCAUGACUUGCCGCCUCAUAUGCCUAACGAUUUAAUCGUCUCCCAUCUCGAGGCCUACGGAGAAGUCAAGUCCAUUCGAAGAGAGGUCUGGCGGGAGUACUUCCCAGGGAUCCCGAAUGGAGUUCGAGUUGUCCGGAUGGUUUUGAAGAAGCCGAUUCCGUCCUUCAUUAAGGUGGAGACGGAAAUAAGCUACACGAGCUACAACCAACAAGUGAGAACUUGUCGCCAUUGUGCAAAUCCACUUCAUCCCGGGAAGAACAUCAGCAGCAAAAACAUCACAACCAAUAGAAACAGCAACAACAACAACAACAACAACAACAACAACAUUAACAUCACCAAAUAA